AUGGGUGAAACCGCUGCCGCCAACCACCACCACCACCACCACCAUGGCCACCAAGUCUUUGACGCCGUCGUCCCUUCACAACCAGCUUUCAAAUGCUUCGACGACGAUGGCCGUCUCAAAAGAACCGGGACUGUUUGGACUGCGAGCGCACAUAUAAUAACGGCAGUGAUCGGAUCCGGCGUUUUGUCAUUGGCGUGGGCGAUUGCACAGCUCGGAUGGAUCGCUGGACCUGCAGUGAUGCUCAUGUUCUCUUUCGUUACUCUCUACUCUUCCACACUCCUAAGCGAUUGUUACAGAACCGGUGAUGCUGUCUCUGGCAAGCGAAACUACACUUACAUGGACGCCGUUCGAUCUAUUCUCGGUGGGUACAAGUUCAAGAUCUGUGGACUAAUUCAAUACUUGAAUCUAUUCGGUGUCGCUAUCGGAUACACAAUUGCAGCAUCUAUAAGCAUGAUGGCGAUAAAGAGAUCGAAUUGCUUCCACAAGAGCGGAGGAAAAGACCCAUGUCACAUGUCGAGCAACCCGUACAUGAUCAUAUUCGGUGUGACAGAGAUCUUGCUCUCUCAGGUUCCUGAUUUCGACCAGAUUUGGUGGCUCUCCAUUGUUGCAGCUGUCAUGUCCUUCACUUACUCUGGCAUUGGUCUAGCUCUUGGCAUCGUUCAAGUUGCAGCAAAUGGAGUUUUCAAAGGAAGUCUCACCGGAAUAAGCAUCGGAACAGUGACUCAAACACAAAAGAUAUGGAGAACCUUUCAAGCCCUUGGAAACAUUGCCUUUGCUUACUCCUUCUCUGUUGUCCUUAUCGAGAUUCAGGAUACUGUAAGAUCUCCACCGGCAGAAUCGAAAACGAUGAAGAGAGCUACAAAAGUCAGCAUCGCCGUCACGACAGUCUUCUACAUGCUAUGUGGCUCAAUGGGUUAUGCCGCCUUUGGAGAUGCAGCACCAGGAAACCUCCUAACGGGUUUCGGAUUCUACAACCCGUUUUGGCUCCUCGACGUGGCCAACGCCGCCAUUGUCGUCCACCUCAUCGGAGCUUACCAAGUCUUUUCUCAGCCUCUCUUCGCCUUUGUUGAAAAAUCAGUCUCCGAGAGGUUUCCAGACAAUGACUUGCUAACCAAGGAAUUCGAAAUCAAAAUCCCCGGGUUUAGGUCUCCAUACAAGUCAACCGUCUUCAGGGUGGUUUUCCGGUGUUGUUUCGUCGUUACAACCACCGUGAUAUCGAUGCUAAUGCCGUUUUUCAACGAUGUGGUCGGGAUCUUAGGGGCGUUAGGGUUUUGGCCCUUGACGGUUUACUUUCCGGUGGAGAUGUAUAUUAAGCAGAGAAAGGUUGAGAAAUGGAGCAUGAGGUGGGUGUGUUUAAAGAUGCUUAUUGUUACUUGUCUAAUGAUCUCGGUGGUCGCCGGAGUUGGAUCAAUCGCCGGAGUAAUGCUUGAUCUUAAGGUCUAUAAGCCCUUUCAGUCUACGUAUUGA